AUGGACGACGAUGCGACGCCCAUCGAUCGCGCGCGAUCCGUCGACGUGGUCGUGCGCGACGUGCGCGCGGGCGGACGCGCGCGGACGGUGACGAUCGAGCGCGGGGUGACGACGGCGACCGAGACCAUCGCGCGGGCGCUGGGACGCCGCGCGACGUCCAUGGGCGCGCUCGUCCUGCGAGAGCUCUCGGGGACGCGGAUGACGUACGCGGGGACGGACGUGGUGGAGACGGCGACGACGACGGGUCGACGGCGGCGGGAAUUUGCGAUCGCGCCGAGGCGAUUGGGAUUGUUCGGAGGCGGCGGAGACGGAGGGUCCACGGGCGCGGAGUCGCGGUCGUCGUACCUGGAGAUGUACGCGGAUCCAGCGCGGCGGCGGAAGGAGAGCCUGGGGGGGUUCGUGCGGUACUCGACGCAGAGCACGGUGAUGGAUCGAGACGUCGGAGAGGAAGAUUUGGCGAGGUGGUUCACGUGCGCGCUGACAGAGGAACCGCUCGAAAGGGGCGAGAACGGGGUCGUGAUCGAUCGUUUAGGCGCGCUGUACAAUAAGGAACCGGUUCUCAAGGCGCUGCGUGACAAGGCGGUCGACGGCGUCGCGCUUCCGAAGCGCGUCGAGCACAUCACGGGAAUGAAAGCGUUGGUGACGUGUAAGUUUACGAAGCGACCGGGUGAGGGCGCGGCAAAGGCGUCGGUGGUGAACGCGCGAGAUUUUCGAAGCGGCGCCAUCGACGCUGUCUUCGCGUGUCCCAUCACCGGCUUGGACUUUAGCGGGAAGACCAAGUUCUUGGUGAUGCGUCCGAGCGGCGUCGUGGUCGCCGAUAAAGCGCUUCGCGAGGCAAAAGCGGCGGUAGAAGAGAUGAAUGAUGGAUUGAAGCUUGCGGACGCGCCGCCACCGAUACCGGUGAAUCCGCGCGGGGAGGAGCUCGAGGCGUUGAAGGCGUUAUUAGAAGACGAAAAGGCGAAUAAGGAUAGCAAGAAGAAAUCGAAGAAGGACAAGUCGGGGAACGAUGACGGUCCCAAGCGUAAGAGUUCGGCUGAAGAUGGCGUAACGAAGACGAAAAAGUACAAAGCGAUCGCGCCCGCGAAUGCCGACGCGUCUGUGUACGCGUCCAUCUUUACUUCCUCGUCGAAACCAGAGGAAAACAACGACGAUCAUUUCCUCGCCCGGAACGCGCGAAAGGCUUGGUAA